AUGGACCAAGACACAGACGGUAAUGAACCGGUCUCAUCGAGCAGUCAGAGAGAACGGUCUCAGGGGUUAGAAAACCCUUACGAACGGAAACUAAAGCCGUACACACGGCCCGUGGAACAUGAAAGAGCAACUCUAGCUCAAAAGACCUUUGGGAGGAAGGACGCCAGAGGCUCAGAGGCCACAUAUCAAACGGCCCUGAGGGAAACUCAGAACGAAAGCUCGAGUGACGGAAAUGGAAAAAGCUCCGAACGACAUGUCGGAGAUAACACGGUAGACCAAGCAAAGGUCACCGAAGAGAGAACGGCUUCAGAUGGACAGAACAAAGAUGACAAGAAGGCCGAGACCGGAGGAAUGGCACGGUCGGCCGAAAAGGUCAAGGAGGAAAACGCGGAUCAAGUUGAGAAGGGAAGUGACGAAGUCAGUCAAAAGGUCACCGAAGGUAGUGGCGCCGUCAGCAGCAACGAGCUGAUCGACGAGGGAAAGGUCAAACAGGAUGACCUUUCGGAAAACUCACUGUUCUUACAAGAACAGCUGGAAGAGAACGGUACCAGCCCCACGUCAAGUGACAAGUUUUACACUGACGAUGAAGACGAAACGACGGUACAGACGUCUUUCCAUACGGCAAUGAAGGAGGCAAACUUAACGAAAGGGAUGUUUGAUACGACCCUCCAGGACAAGCCAGAAGAGACCUUUGAAGGAAUGGCGUCAGGAAGAGCCGACGACCCGGACCAAAGGUCACCAUCACCAAAAACAUCCGUAAUGAAUGGAUUAAAGCAGCGUGUCAAGGAACUAGAACAACUCCUCGACGAAAAGGAAGCGCAAGCUUUCGCUGCGAUACGGGACCAAUGCAACAAAACCUUUGAAGUCGAAGCCAGAUUGAGCGUGAUGGAACAAGAAAAGGUCACGUUCGAAGAUGAAGCGCAACAAUGGAAAGUCAGAUUUGAAGGUCAGAAAAAAGCUGCAGAGGAUCUGAGGAAAAUGGUCGAAGAUCGAGACGCGGAAGGCAUACUCACCGCAGAAGAAGACGGUCUGUCCGAGGAAGCAGCUGAAAGGUCACAGGAAAUAGCAGAAUUGAAAAAUGAGCGUGACCUUUUACAGUCAAAGGUCAAGGAGGCCGAGAAGAAACGUGACGAAUCUCUAGCAAAUGCGACGAAGUUCACCGGAAAGGUCACCAGUUUGACGGCUGACAUCUCGAAAUUGAAGGAUGACCUUAAAUUACGCGAAGACCUUGUCAACACGUUACAAACAGAAUUAAAAGAGAUGAAAAGGAAACACAACGAAGCGGAAAACCAGAGAGAUCAAGCAGCAAAGGAACUGCUUGAACUGGCCGAAAUAACAAAAACUGAAUUCAAGCGACUCAAUGACGAAAUCGACAACCAAAAGAAAGAAGCAAAGAAGUGGUUGAAGGAAGCACAACGGUGUGACGAACGGGUCACUGUCCUAGAAGUCGUGAAUAAAGAAGGAAAGACAGAAAAUGAAAAACAAAAAGAAGAGAUCGCCAAAUUGAGCGACGAAUCAGUCGGAUUGGCUACUUCCGUAAUGGAAAAGGAUGAUAAAAUUACGGAACUAAAAGCCCAACUGAAAGUAGUCGAGGAAGAGUGCCAAGCGAGAGGAAGGACCCUCGCAGACAGAGCGGAUCGUAUCACACGGUUGGAAGCAGAAGCUGAGAUCCUAAAAGCAGCAAAAAUGGAUCUCGAUAAGACUCUCGAUAAUCGAGCAAGUACAAUCCUCGAGCAAAUGAGAAAGGUCACCGAAGCAAACAACGAUUAUGAGAAGCUCAGGAAAGACGCAAACGAAACCGUAAAGCAGCUGCAGCAGACAGUCAAACAAAGAGAGGAAGAAAUUAAAACUUUAAAACGGUCGGCAAAACAAAAGGAAGGAGAGGCAAAACAGCCGGAACGGAUCGAAUCUCCACCCCCCGGAUAUGGCGAAGUCCACACCGUCGAAGGUAGCUUCCAUUUCCAAGCUCCCUUAAAGACGGGGACUGGCCGAAGCGACGGCCAUGAUGAAGAUAAGGUCAAAGCUGAAAAGGUCACCGACGAUACUGAGUUGGCGAAGGGGCACUCAGGACCGAUCGGUGGGGUCAAUCCUCGGCAACAAGAAACAGGACCGAGGGAAACAAUCGUCUACAAAUCUGACCAUCAGCCAGACAAUCAUGAAGAUCCACGAGUUCGCCAAAACGAGCAGGAAAGGGUAGCUCGUGAAGAGGAGAGGCGAGAAAGAGAGUACCGCGCGGAAUACCACGCUGAAGCACAGCGACUCCGUCGCGAAGAACGGGAAUUCAGAGGUUACAUGAGAGCCAUGGCCCGAAAAUCCGCGUUGAUCGACUACAACGGCAACCGAGAAGCUUUACUUGGUUGGAUCCGUCAGGUCAAGGAGACUCAGAAGACGUAUGACCUUUCGGAUGCAGCAAUGAUGCUGGAAGUCGCCAACGCAGUCAAAGGGGACGCGAAGGCAUGGUUUGAUGCGGAAAGAGAAAUUGAUGAUGAGGAAGAGGCGGAAGAACUAACCGUCGACGAAUGGAUGACGAAGUUCAAAGAACAUUUUGGCGAUCGUGACGAAGGGGUCAACGCCUUAAGAGAAGCGAUGACAAGAAAGUUCGAGGCUGGCAAAGAAACGCUUGACCAGUUCUAUCAGGCGAUCAUGCGCUUCAAGUCGAAACGGAUCAUAACUGAGAAGCAGGCUAUCGGAUUCCUGAUUCAAGGAUGUAAGAACGACAGUGACCUUUAUAAGGCACUUCGAGCACAGAAAUUCCAUAACCCAAUGGAUAUCAAGGAAUUCUUCCGCACCUGGUCGACUGGCGAAGAAAAGUAUAAGGUCACGAGAGGCAACCGAGUCCAAGAUGAUUGCGUGAUCAUCCGAUCGCGCCAGAUCGAAGAAGUCGCGAAUGGGCGACAGAACCAGUCGUACUCGGCGCAGGUACCAAGAUAUAACACGGAAUUUCCGCCUUUAGGCACUCAAGAGGUGACCUUUGACAACGAGCGAAAUGAAGGUCAGAUAUCGUACGCGACGAUCGCGGCGAUACAGACAGCGGUCCAAGAAGCGACCAAGCCUGCGAUCGCGGCGAUCCAAGCAUCAGCUCAGCAAGCAGCAAGGCCAAAACAGAAUCCACAAGGAAACGUGCAAAGAAAUGCCCUGAAUGGAGGGCUUGGCGGUCAGGGAAUGGCUCAAGGGAAUCCGGGCUUUGCCGGCCAAGGAUUCAACGGUGGCGGAGGAAAUCAAGGAAACUUCCGACCGAACCGUGGACAAGGAAAUCAAGGACCACGAUACGGGUCGCGAGUAGAGCGCCUGUUCACCAUGAUCGACGGAUGGGUGGCCAAUAACGCGCUGACAUGCCAGAACUGCAUGUACGGUAACCACCACACGCAAGCGUGUUCGUUUGCGGGAACACCGUGGAAUCAGAACCCCAACAGGGUCGUGUAUGAAGAAUGGUUGAUGCUGCGUAACAAUCAUGGUGGAUGGCGCAACGCAAUGGCAAAUGGUUAUGUGCCACAAUCACGCCAAGGUGGACGGUAUGCCGGUCAAGGUGGCCAGGCCAACUGCUGUCAAUCAAGGCGGCCAGGGUAA